ACUAGCGCAACAGUAAAUCCAACAUUUGAUUUCCAGGCUUUAUCAUUGAUUUUAGCAUGUUUCAUUCUUCUUGGAUUUACUAGCGCAACAGUAAAUCCAACAUUUGAUUUCCAGGCUUUAUCAUUGAUUUUAGCAUGUUUCAUUCUUCUUGGAUUUACUAGCGCAACAGUAAAUCCAACAUUUGAUUUCCAGGCUUUAUCAUUGAUUUUAGCAUGUUUCAUUCUUCUUGGAUUUACUAGCGCAACAGUAAAUCCAACAUUUGAUUUCCAGGCUUUAUCAUUGAUUUUAGCAUGUUUCAUUCUUCUUGGAUUUACUAGCGCAACAGUAAAUCCAACAUUUGAUUUCCAGGCUUUAUCACUGAUUUUAGCAUGUUUCAUUCUUCUUGGAUUUACUAGCGCAACAGUAAAUCCAACAUUUGAUUUCCAGGCUUUAUCAUUGAUUUUAGCAUGUUUCAUUCUUCUUGGAUUUACUAGCGCAACAGUAAAUCCAACAUUUGAUUUCCAGGCUUUAUCACUGAUUUUAGCAUGUUUCAUUCUUCUUGGAUUUACUAGCGCAACAGUAAAUCCA